AGAACUAAAGUAAAGGGUCACAGCCAGGCUGACAGGAUCUUUCCUGAAUCUGCCUCUCACCAGUGCUGUGUUAUAUGUAUUAGACACCGGAGGCUGAGGCUGAGGAGAUGCGUUGAGAAGACUGUACUUAGAGUCCAGGCCUGAGACAUGAAAGCCAGCAGCAAAUGUAGCUUCAUGUUUCCUGUUGCAGGCGGAAUGAGACCUCCUCAAGCAGGCCUGAUUCCAAUGCAACAGCAAGGAUUCCCUAUGGUCUCUGUCAUGCAGCCCAAUAUGCAAGGCAUGAUGGGAAUGAAUUACAGCUCUCAGAUGUCCCAAGGACCCAUUGCAAUGCAGGCAGGAAUACCAAUGGGGCCAAUGCCAGCAGCGGGUGUGCCUUUCCUGGGUCAGCCACCUUUCUUGAGCAUGCGUCCUGCAGGCCCACAGUACACUCCAGACAUGCAGAAGCAAUUUGCGGAAGAGCAACAAAAACGAUUUGAACAACAACAAAAGCUCUUAGAAGAAGAAAGAAAAAGACGUCAGUUUGAGGAGCAAAAGCAAAAGCUCAGACUUCUCAGCAGCGUGAAGCCCAAGACAGGAGAGAAGAACAGAGACGAUGCUUUGGAAGCCAUAAAAGGAAACUUGGAUGGGUUUUCCAGAGAUGCUAAGAUGCACCCCACUCCAGCAUCACAUCCAAAGAAACAAGACUGCCCCACAUCAUCUCAUUCUACUAAAACUGUCUCCUCAUCAUCAUCAUCUGCCUUUCCCGGCGAAGACGAAUUCAGUGGCUUUGUGCAGGGGCCUGUUGAGCUUCCCACUUGCGGGUCUUCUUCCACAGCCCCGCCCUUUCAGUCUUUCCUCCCCAGCACCCCACUCAGCCAGUUACACACACAGAAGGCUGGGGCACAGCCUCUGCCUCCAGCUCAGGCUCCAGUGUCUUUUGCCGUACAUGGUGUCCAUGGGCAAAUUCCUUGUUUAUCUGCUGCUUCAGCUUCCCACAGUGUGCAGAAAGCAGGCCCUUCCUUGGAAGAGAAGCUCCUAGUGUCUUGUGAUAUACGUGCAUCUGGGCAGGAACACAUUAAAUUAAACACUCCUGAUGCUGGGCACAAAGCCACAGUCCCAGGAUCCAGUAACAACUGCCCUGGUUUAAUGGCCCAUAACAGGGUUGCUGUGGAUGGAUGUGUGAGUGGUCCCGCCAGUGCAGAGGCAGAAAAGACUUCAGAUCAAACCCUGUCAAAGGAAGAGAGUGGUGUGGGCGUGUUUCCCUCUCAGGACCCUGCUCAGUCCAGAAUGCCUCCUUGGAUUUACAAUGAGAGUUUGGUUCCAGAUGCCUAUAAGAAAAUUUUAGAAACCACAAUGACUCCAACUGGAAUAGAUACUGCUAAACUUUAUCCCAUUCUGAUGUCAUCUGGACUUCCCAGGGAAACUCUCGGACAGAUAUGGGCCUUAGCUAAUCGAACCACACCGGGCAGGCUCACUAAGGAGGAGCUUUACACGGUUCUCGCCAUGGUAGCAGUGACACAGAGGGGUGUUCCUGCCAUGAGCCCUGAUGCUUUGAGCCAGUUCCCUGCGGCUCCCAUCCCUACCUUAAGCGGCUUUCCUAUGACUCUGCCUACCCCAGUGAGCCAGCCAACAGCGAUGCCCUCUGGCCCUGCAAGCUCCAUGCCCCUCACCCUUGGACAGCCCAUCAUGGGUAUCAACCUUGUUGGACCAGUGGGUGGAGCUGCAGCGCCAACUUCCAGUGGCUUCAUGCCAGCCUACCCAUCAAACCAGGUGGGAAAGACAGAAGAAGAUGACUUCCAGGAUUUUCAAGAUGCUUCAAAAUCAGGAUCCAUCGAUGAUUCUUUCACUGAUUUCCAAGAGAUGCCUGCUUCCUCAAAAAACAGUAAUUCCCAGCAUGGAAACAGUGCUCCAUCACUCUUGAUCCCAUUUCCUGGAACUAAAGCCUCCACAGACAAAUACGCAGUGUUCAAAGGCAUUUCCACUGACAAGCCCUCUGAAAACCCUGCUUCGUUUGGAGAGUCUGGUGAUAAAUACAGUGCUUUCAGGGAACUCGAGCAAACGACAGACAGUAAACCUUUAGGAGAGAGCUUUGCUGAGUUCCGAUCCACAGGAACCGAUGAUGGCUUCACUGACUUCAAGACCGCCGAUAGUGUGUCACCCCUAGAGCCACCCACAAAAGACACUUUUCCAUCAGCUUUUGCCUCAGGAGCUGCACAGCAGACACAGACACAGGUGAAAACCCCUCUGAACUUAGAAGACCUAGAUAUGUUCUCCUCAGUGGAUUGCAGUGGCGAGAAACAGGUGCCCUUUUCAGCUACAUUUAGCACAGCAAAGUCAGUUUCCACUCGACCUCAGCCAGCGGGCUCUGCAGCAGCCUCAGCAGCACUGGCAUCCACUAAAACUUCUAGUUUGGCAGAUGAUUUUGGAGAGUUCAACCUCUUUGGGGAAUAUUCCAACCCUGCAUCUGCUGGGGAGCAGGACGACUUUGCAGAUUUUAUGGCUUUCGGUAACAGCUCCAUUUCAUCUGAGCCAAAAGCAGGUGACAAGUAUGAAGCCCUCAGGGAGGAAGUGAGUCCCGGCCCCUUGUCCAGCAGCACUGUGGAAGGGGCACAGCACCCACCUGCUGCAGCAACCAAGUAUGAUGUCUUCAAACAGCUGUCCCUAGAGGGCACUGGGCUGGCCAUGGAGGAGUUCAAAGAGAACACUUCUUCCACCAAGAGUGACGAUGACUUUGCCGACUUCCACUCCAGUAAAUUCUCAUCCACGAGCUCAGACAAAUCCCUGGGAGAGAAAGCUGUGGCUUUCAGACAUGCCAAAGAAGACUCCUCCUCGGUGAAGUCUUUAGACCUCCCCUCCAUCGGUGGCAGCAGUGUUGGCAAGGAGGACUCUGAAGAUGCACUUUCUGUUCAAUUUGACAUGAAAUUGGCUGAUGUGGGAGGAGAUCUUAAGCAUGUCAUGUCUGAUAGCUCUUUGGAUUUACCAACAGUUAGUGGCCAGCAUCCUCCUGCCGCAGCAGGAAGUAGGUCCUUUUCGGCCACCUCAAACCUUCACACGAAAGAGAUCUCAUUUGGCAGUUCUGAAAACAUCACCAUGUCAUCUCUCUCCAAAGGAUCGGCCUUGGCCAGUGAGGACGCUCUUCCAGAGACUGCCUUCCCAGCUUUUGCCAGCUUUAAAGACAUGAUGCCUCAGACCACUGAGCAGAAAGAGUAUGAAAGCGGGGACUUCCAGGAUUUCACCAGGCAGGACACGCCCAUGGUGGACCGCAGCCAAGAAACCUCAUGUCCAAGCCCAGCUUCCAGUGUGGCCUCGCACGAGACCCCCAAGGAGGCUGCAGACGACUUUGGAGAAUUUCAAAGUGAAAAGCCCAAAAUCAGCAAGUUUGACUUCUUAGUAGCUAAUUCCCAGAGCAAAAUGAAAUCCAGUGAAGAAAUGAUCAAAAGUGAGCUGGCAACCUUUGACCUUUCUGUUCAAGGAUCACACAAGAGGAGCUUGAGCCUUGGGGAUAAAGAAAUAAGCCGGCCCUCUCCUUCCCCGGCCCUGGAGCAGCCCUUCAGAGACCGGUCCAACACUCUGAGUGAGAGGGCUUCGCUGCCCGUCAUCCGAGACAAGUACAAGGAUCUGACUGGCGAGGUGGAGGAAAAUGAGAGAUAUGCGUAUGAGUGGCAGAGAUGCCUAGGGAGCGCCCUGGAUGUCAUUAAGAAGGCAAAUGACACCUUAAACGGCAUUAGCAGCAGUGCUGUUUGCACAGAAGUUAUCCAGUCAGCUCAAGGCAUGGAGUAUCUUCUAGGUGUGGUGGAAGUAUACCGUGUAACCAAGCGUGUGGAGCUGGGCAUAAAAGCCACUGCGGUGUGCAGUGAGAAACUCCAGCAGUUGCUGAAGGACAUCGAUAAAGUGUGGAACAACUUAAUCGGCUUCAUGUCACUUGCCACACUCACACCAGAUGAGAAUUCACUGGAUUUUUCCUCCUGUAUGUUACGGCCCGGGAUCAAAAACGCUCAGGAGCUGGCUUGUGGAGUGUGUCUCUUAAAUGUGGACUCCAGGAGCCGGAAAGAAGAGACGCCUGCAGAAGAACAGCCUAAAAAAGCAUUCAACUCGGAGACAGACAGCUUCAAGCUGGCCUACGGAGGUCACCAGUACCACGCCAGCUGUGCCAACUUCUGGAUCAACUGUGUUGAACCCAAGCCUCCCGGCCUCCUCUUGCCGGAUCUGCUCUGAAAAAACUGCUCAAUGAGGCUGAUUUUGGUUGUUUCUGUCACAGGACUCAGGGUGACAGAAAUCAAUAAAUAGAAUGCAAGUACUGCAAUGUCCCCUGCCACUGGUCUCUUUGAAGCAGUCCCCAGGAGGUAGGGUCCCACCAGGAAACCUGUCACUGCUUCUGCCUGCCCCUCUUUGAGACUUGAGGUAAAUUACCAGACCCCAACUGCAAGUGGCACUGGACACUUGCUUGCUUAUCUCCUCUGGUUUUGUUGUUGUCCUUAGUGACGUUGGUUUGGUUUUCUUUUUUAAGGAUAGGGCCUUGAUGCAUACCCCUGAUUGACCUUGAGUUUGCAUCGAUCCUCUCAUGUCUGCCUCCCAAGUACUGGAGCACAGGCAUGAGCCACCAUACCCUCUUACUCUUGUCCUCUUUAGAUAAUUUCAACUGCAGACCAGAGUUUUCUGUGAAGAGUAAUCUGUUGCUGAAGUGUAUGUGAAAUGUAAACAAAAGAAGAAACAUAAGUGACGCUAGGGUCGGAAUCCGCAAGUUUGUCUCCAGCCGGCUUGCUUCUAUCGCCAUCAUCAUGGCUCUAGGAAGCAGAACACAUUUUUUUUCUGCAUUUAGCUUUUAAACACUUGAAGUGAAUAAAAAAAGGCUUGUGAUUAAA